AUGAUCCGGGGCAUGGAGGCGCCGAUGGCGGACAACCCGCCGCAGCCGCCGCCCGUCAUCUUCUGCCACGACUCCCCAAAGCGGGUGCUGGUGUCGGUCAUCAGGACGACCCCGAUCAAGCCCACGUGCGGCGGCGGUGGGGAGCCGGAGCCGCCGCCGCCGCUCAUCCCCACCAGCCCCGGCUUCAGCGACUUCAUGGUGUAUCCGUGGCGCUGGGGCGAGAACGCGCACAACGUGACGCUCAGCCCCGGGGCCGCGGGGGGCGCCGCCUCGGCAGCCUUGCCCGCCGCCGCCGCCGAGCACCCGGGGUUGCGAGGCCGGGGCGCGCCCCCGCCCGCCGCCUCCGCCGCCGCCUCGGGAGGUGAGGACGAGGAGGAAGCGAGCAGCCCGGACAGCGGCCACCUCAAGGAUGGAAUCCGACGUGGUAGACCCAGAGCAGAUACUGUCCGGGAUCUAAUAAACGAAGGAGAGCAUUCAUCCAGCAGAAUCCGUUGUAACAUCUGUAAUAGGGUGUUUCCACGGGAGAAAUCGCUCCAGGCUCACAAAAGGACUCAUACAGGCGAGAGACCCUAUCUGUGUGACUAUCCAGACUGUGGAAAAGCCUUUGUUCAAAGUGGACAGCUCAAAACACAUCAGCGCCUUCACACCGGAGAGAAACCUUUUGUUUGUUCAGAAAAUGGCUGCCUAAGCAGAUUCACCCAUGCAAACCGCCACUGUCCGAAGCACCCUUAUGCCAGGCUGAAACGAGAGGAGCCCACAGACGCCCUCAGUAAGCACCAGGCUGUGGACAACCAGGCUGCCGCCGAGUGGUUGGCAAAGUAUUGGGAAAUGAGAGAGCAGCGUGCCCCCACCUUGAAAGGAAAGCACGUUCAGAAGGCCGAUCAGGAGCAGCAGGACCCUCUGGAAUACCCUCAGUCUGACGAGGAGGACGAUGAGAAGCGUGGGGCCCAGCGCCGGCUGCAGGAGCAGCGGGAGCGCCUGCACGGAGCCCUUGCUCUCAUAGAGCUCGCCAACCUGACCGGAGCGCCGCUCCGCCAGUAGCCUGGACACCGGCUCUUCCACUGUACAGAAGUACUGCCCAGCGUACUUAAAAAGUAGAUCCGUGGGCAUAAGCUAAGCACCUUAUUUGCUUAUCAUAGGCUGCUAUUCUGUAGAAAUUUAUGAAGAAUGUCAUUACCCCAUAAUAUGGGGUGAGAGAGAAUUGCACUUUUUUUAUAUGGUAAUGGAUUUGUUGUAAAGUUUAAAAUAUUUUGUAAAUAUGGGACUUCUAGUACAGGGUAGAAAAAGACAUAUUGUGGGAAGCUAGAUUUUGCAAGUUUAAUGCAUUCAUUGGAAGCAGUUCUCACAGGAAGCACUUUCUGAAUAAGACACUUGUAUGAAAAAACAGAAUGGUACAUGUAGCCAAAGAACGUUGAAAUAGAUUAUUUAUAAGAUCAUUUUUAACAAUGUAUAUUAGUAUGUUUAACAAUGCUGUAAACACUGAAGCAAGCCAGAAAGUAUAAGAUAUGUGUGUAAGAUAUGUAUUUUUAAACUGCAAAAUAGUGUGCCUAUUGAGAAGUGGAAAACUGACCAUUUUGGAAGAUGUUCUAAGUUAUGGACUUUGGAAGAGAAGAGAUUUUUGAGGAUCUUGGUAAGAUGCACCGUAGUUGAGAAUUUUCAGAAUUGGAGUAAUAUCAGUCUUAUUCUAUCUUUCUGAGGCUUUACAACUCACUAUGAUAUUUACGUUUGAAAAGCACUUGGCAUCCCUAUUAUGUUAACUUGGGAACUUUUGCACAUUGCAUAUUUCUCAUUUGCUGAAAUUGAGUGAUUAAUCUUGCAAAGUCUAGGUAACUUGGUAAUUG